UUUAGUUUGUUUUAGCAAACAUGAGUGAUUCCCAAGAAACGCUCUAUAAGUGUGAGGAAUGCAGUUCAGAGUUUAAAAUGCGAAAGAACCUCUACGCCCAUAUGAGGAAAGUUCAUGAACUUGAUAUCCAUGUGUCUAAAAAAGGAAAAGGCAGUGAAUUGUGUCCCCAGUGCGGAAUUGCAUUUAUGAGAUGCAGUUCAUUAAAACGUCAUCAAAUAACUGUGCAUGGCAUGAAGUCGGAGGAAAACAGUCGGAAAUGCCGCAUUAUUUGCCCACAGUGCUCUCUCUCGUUUCUCACCUAUGACACACUGAGAACACAUAUUCAAGAGAACCAUGACGUUAGUUUUGAAUGCCAGGAGAUAGAAUUUGGUUGUCUUGCAGACUUUGAAGAGUGGAAAAUUUCUUACGAAAAAGUAAACCAUGUUCGUUAUGUAAUGAAUUGUUCGGAGCAGGAGCGACUAGAAAAACGUGUUCGAUAUUACCACUGCCAUCGCUCUUUCAAUUUCAAUUCUAAAGGAACAGGUGCCAGGUGUGUCAAAAGUAUGGGCACGAAUAAAAUAGGCAGUACUUGUCCAUCCAACAUGCAAGUGACAAUAACAGAGGACAAAUGCUGCUUAAAAUUUUUUCCAAAUCAUAUGGGACACACCCAAGAUGUUGGAAGAACAUUUUUGCAUGGGAACGAGAGGGCAGAGUUGGCAGGACGGCUGUCACAGGGUGUUCCUGUUGGACGAGUCUUACAAGAUGUCCGAAGUGCACCAAUCGCUGCAAGUGUGGAGAGAAUCAAUCUCCUUGAGAAAAAAGAUUUGCAUAAUAUAAAAAGGGAUUUUGAUAUUGGUUAUGCAACGAAGAAGCAUGAAAAUGAUGCAGUGAGUGUGAAAUUGUGGGUUGAAGAAAUGAAGAGACAAAGUGACAACUCAGUACUGUAUUUCAAGCAGCAAAAACAAGUGGAUCCUAAUUUUCAAGAUGAAGACUUCAUUCUUAUUAUAAUGACAGACUUUCAGGCCGAACAACUUCAGUAUGGAGAAGAUAAAAUAUGUAUGGAUGGCACUCAUGGCAUGACUGCAUACGAUUUUCAACUUUUUACUAUUGUCGUUGUUGAUAGAUAUGGUGCUGGAAUGCCAGUUGCAUUUUGUUUUUCAAAUAGGGGAGACGUGUGCUUACUGUCUUUUUAUUUCAAAUGUGUGAGAGAAAGGGUGGGCACUGUAAAGACCAAUGUGUUUAUGUCUGACGAUGCACCAGCAUUUUAUAAUGCAUGGUCAGCAGUAAUGGGACCUGUGCCAAACCAGUUGCUGUGUUCUUGGCAUAUACAACGGAACUGGUCUCAGAAUUUAAGGAGAGUUUCUGGGGGUAGUGAGAAAAAAUCAGCAGUGUUAAGUUCACUAAAGCGACUUUAGACUGAACUGGAUAUAGAUGUUUUUAGUUGUAGUCUGGAGAAAGUGGUGGAAGACUUAUUGAAUGAUCCGGAUACUGCAGAAUUUGGCAGGUACUUUCUUAAGAUGUACUGCCAGCGAGUGGAAAAGUGGGCGUAUUGUUUUAGGCACCGAUUGGGCA